AUGUUGUUGUCAAGAUCUGUACUCCCUUUCUCACGGCUUACCUUAGUCUACCGUUUUUAUCAACCAUUUCGUGGGAAAAAGUAUCAUUACGCUCUUGAACCGAAGAUCCUUCCCCCGGGUACACGGCUUGACAUCAACGAUCCCCUACUCUAUAAGACCGUAGAACCGAUUUCGAAGUGGCGGCACUCUGGCAAAAACUGGGAUCCUAUAGUUUCCAAAAUGAUGGGGAUGAUGUUAUAUGAUGGUGAUCGUGAGACAGCCCGUGAAGUGAUGCGCAAAACCUUUGCAGAAAUAAAGUUCAUACAGAUGGGUAAGCGUAAGAAAUUGGUUGGAGCUGAGUUUGAUGCAGUGGAGGUUAAUCCCAUUAAAAUAAUUAAUCAGGCUGUUACUAAUUGUUCCCCUCUUCUUGUGCUUCACUCUGUUCGUCGUGGCGGUUUUAUCUAUAAGGUUCCUGCUCCUCCACAAAAUGAAACCGUCUCUCGACACAUGGCAAUUCGUUGGAUUCUGGAGGCAGCCAGAAAUAAGGAUAAAAAUAUGAGGAUUUGGGUUUCUCUUGCACAUGAACUUAUUAAUGCUGCCAACAACGAAGGCUGCGGUGCGUUAUCUUGGGCUAGUCAGGUCUGGCGCUACCGGCACCAUGCAUCAAUUAUAUCUGAGGAAAGUACCCGCAAAGUACGCAAUGUUGGUCUCAUUGCUCACAUCGACGCAGGAAAGACAACCACCACUGAGCAAAUGCUCUUCCUCGCUGGUCGAACGCGUGCUGUGGGUGAGGUCGACAGAGGUGAUACGGUAACCGACUACCUUGCAGAAGAGAGGGAGCGUGGAAUCAGCAUAAUGAGUGCUGCUGCGUGCCUAACCUGGCGCCAGCACGACAUUCACCUCAUCGACACGCCAGGUCACGUCGACUUCACCUUCGAAGUGGAGCGCGGUCUCACUGCCGUCGACUCAGCUCUUGUUAUUAUCGACGCCUGUAAGGGUGUGGAGACGCAGACUCGCACCGUCUGGUCUCAAGCAGAUCGCUACCAGUUGCCAAGACUUGUCUUUGUCAAUAAGAUGGAUCGUCCAAUGGCAAAUUUCAAUAAUUGCCUUCUUUCCCUUCAUCAUCGUUUCGGAGGCCCCUUCUUUCCGCUUCAGAUGCCGGUCUGCAUCGGGAAGGACCGUUUCGUCGGAGUCGUGUGGCCAACAACGCCGAGGCAGGAUAGUCGAUGUUUCUCUCAAAAGGAUCUUCUUAAGUUUCUGGCUUCUAAAGAAUUGCGAAAGUCAGAAGAAUUGUCGGGUAUUAGCUUUGCUGCAGUUUUACCCUUGGCGCUUAAAGCUCGAGGGCAGCUGCUCGCCUCCCUGGCAGAGUUGGACGAUGCCUUUGCAAACGAAUAUCUCCUCCUCGACACUCCUGAAAGCCUUCUCCCUGCGGAUGUUGUUCAUGACUGCGUGAAAAGAGUCACCAUAUCCUCUCGCGGUUUCCCAGUUUUACUGGGCAGUAGCCGUCGAAACGUUGGCAUACAACCAAUCCUAGACGGGAUCGUUGAUUAUCUACCCGAUCCCUCCCAACGCCCUCUGCCACCCCAUGUCGCUAGUGUUCUAAGUCGGGUGCAACGUUCCACGCCCUCUGAGAGCCAGUCCUCGCCAAUCCUCCUCACCUUCAAAAUAAUCUUCGACCCUCAACGCGGUCCGCUCUCCCUGACUCGCGUCUAUUCUGGCUACGUCAGAUCAUGCAUGCAAAUUAGAAAUUGGACGCGUCAUGAUUUGGAUGAUGCUUCCUUAGUCGAAAAAAUAGGGACCCUGUUACAGCUUACCGGAGACACUUACGAGAUAGUUGAUUGCGCGGGUCCUGGAAACAUUGUGGCUUUGAGUGGCCUUCAGUCAACCAGAACUGGUGAUAUUCUUGGACCAGUGAUAUCAAGUUCUCCUGACUCUGAGGUGGAUGAAAGAAUGGAUGCAGACGUUGAUGAUGCCUUUAUACCCCAGCCGGUUGUCCAUGCUGCUCUGGAACCCAAAAGCAGCUCCACCCUUCGAAAUCUUGAGCAUGCUUUGCAGUGCAUGCAACGUGAAGAUCCUAGUUUCAAAGCUACUUUUGACAAAGAAACGGGACAGUGGGUGGUGGCGGGGAUGGGUGACCUGCAUUUAGAGGUGAUACUUUCGCGUCUGCGUCGGGAGUACCGACUGGAGGUGAAUAUGGGCUCUCUCCUCAUUUCACAUAGGGAGAUGCCUGAGGCCGGUCACGAAUGCUGCGGGACUGCCGUCUCCACAGGUAUGAUUGGUGGACGACAAAGAACUAUCUUCGUAGAGCUCGACGUCUUCUCUGAUGGACAGACGAAUGCUUCAAGUCGACUUCGGGUAAUUUUCGUGAAAGGCUGGAACCUGGAGGGUCAGAAGGGAGGUGGCGGUAGCGGAGAUACUGAUCACUCGGCCGCAAUUCAGCAUAAAGUGAUGAUGUGCGUGAGACAGGGAUGUGAGGUUGCAUUGGCUACGGGCGGUCCGUCGCUGCGCUCGCCUGUCCUCGGCGUGGGUGUUCGCAUUCGCCGCGUCGGUCAGCUGGCCUCCGCCCCAGUUGACAAUUCAUUCAUAGAGUCCAACUUGACACGUCUACAGGUGCCACUCGCCUCACAGAGCUUCGCACCCUUCGCUGCCCUCCUCCGCUCUACUGUAAUGAAAGCGCAGACUAAGGCAUUGGCUAGUCUACCUGGAUGGAGAAUCAUGGAGCCUGUCAUGACUGUUGAGAUCCAGAUACCUGUUGAUGAUGGCAAAGUUCUCAACCAACUCUCGCUGAUUCCUGGCACUUAUCCAUCGGAAACUGUGGCAAACGAGCUAUGCAAUGAGUCGCACAUGUUGGAGGCAAUGGGUGCUUUUUUUACCAUGAACACAAGGAUAAAUGUUAGUGACCUAACUAUGGUGGGUGGAUUGUUCUGCUACGUGAUCUCCCUAUUAAACUCAGGUUCACAAGAUGCUUCUCUGGCUCCCUUUCUGGGCGAAUUGGCGCGGCGUCGGGGCGAGGUGGAGACUGUGGAGGUGGCCGAGCAUGACGGCUACGGAGGGAACAAGUACCUCUUGCGUGCUUUUGCACCCCUUGCUGAGUUGACAGGCUUUUCUGCUGCAGUUCGCAGCCUCUCGUCGGGCCGUGCCGAUAUUGUCCUCCGCUUUUCCCGCUUUCAGCCCGUCUCCACAUAG